AUGGUAGUCAACUCUGUGUUGCCAAGUCUGCUGAACAUUGCGCAGCUGGUCUCCUUUGUUAACGCUACCACCGAACUUCCGUUCAGUGCAUCCACCCCGAUCGAAUACGAUCAGGUCCCGGCGGAUCGGUAUUCGUUGUCGCCGCCGCCUUUACCCCCUCCGGGCAAGGUGCAUUGCUCGGUGGACGACGUGGCGCAUCAAGCGGAGUAUGUGGUGAAAAGUGUGUUCAAUCUGAAUUAUGAUAAACAUCUGGCGCCCGAUCCGAAUGGCGUGACCGUGAGUAUUGAGUUGGCGCUGCAGACCUUUUAUGACAUCAGUGAGACCUCCGCCAGUUUUACAGCUGAUGUUCUGAUGAGGUAAUUACUUGUGAUUAAGAUUAAUAGUGCCUGUUUAGUCAAAUCUGGCACGAUCGUCGACUAAAAUACGACAAUAUCUCGUCAUGUUUGGAGAACCUGACGUUAUCUUCGCAGAUCACGGAGAGAAUCUGGCUUCCGUUCGUUUGUUUUGUUAAUUCGAAGAGAUCUGAUCUUCAUACAUCCCCUACUCCUAACACAUUUGUUCUAAUUUACCCUAAUGGGACCGUUUGGGUGGGUUAUAUCAUCAAAAAGUCCGCUUAUAGUCAAACUGGAUUUAUGAUGACUAAUUUCAUACAUAUUUCAGAUCAACUACAGAUUACGUGUUGAAGGGCCUUGUUAUGUUAAUUUGGAGAACUAUCCGUUUAAUGGCGAGGAAUGUGAACUUGUUUUAGGUAAAUGUUGCUUCUAUUACAGUAAUUUGAUGUCAUAUUUUUAGAGUCUUACGCCUACAACGCUGCUAGUGUCAGAUUAAAAUGGAGGGAUUGGGAUCCGGUAAGACUAAGAUUACAAUAGUAAAAUAAAACUAUAGGUGAUUCAAUACCCAUCAAGGACAAAACUGCCAGACUUUUCGUUGAGUGAGAUCAAGUGGGCCAAACAUUCUUUCAUUUAUGCCGCUGGCAAGUGGGAUCAGGUAGCGAUUAUUUUUAUCAGUCUUUUUUUCAAGAUUUGACUGACAGAGCGCAUAAUAAUCGUAUUUUAGCUUACAGUAAGCUUCUUCUUGACCCGAGAAGUGGGUGUUUAUGUGAUGACGAUUUACUUUCCGACUUAUCUGAGUGUGGGAAUGUCAUGGAUAUCAUUCUGGCUAGAUCAUAAAUGCCUUCCAGCCAGGAUUACCCUUGGAGUGAGUCACAAAAUUUAGCAAAAAGUGAUCUUUAAAUUCAAAAGUUAUUUGAAUAUUAUUGCAGGUAUCGGCUUUGAUGAGUUUAUCGCUCCAAUAUGGCAGUAUUUUGAGGUCUCUGCCCAGAGUUAGGUAUGUUUUUCUUGCCCCAUUUUAUUUUUAUUUCACUUGUAUUAUUACUUUUUUCAUUGCUCCCAAAUUCAAUAAUAUUCCUCAGAUUUUGGUCGCUAAUCAGUUCCUUGUUUAUUUUCAGUUACGUAAUGUCUGUGGAUAUAUGGAUGUUUACAAUGUGCGUGUUUAUCGGAGCCACGUUAAUUGAGUUAGCCAUUGUCGGAUAUUUGGAUCGGGCCGAGCGUCGGAAACGAAGGCAAAUGAUGCGAGACCAGGGUUGCGAUGACAGUUUUGGAGAGGAGAUCAAGAGCUAUGGGACAUUUUUCAGCAGACCCGACUUUAGAAAUGGAGACAGGAGAUUGGAGGAGAGUAAUAACACGGAAGAACCGGUAAGGAAAAUCGCUAACGAAUGACGAAACAGUAAUGAAAACGUCGAAGAUAUUAGUAAUGCGUGUUCCAAAUCUAUUUUUCUACCGUACAGGCCAAGAUUUACACAAAAAAAAAUUUUUUCUAGGCUACUAUAAAUUCUCAAAGAACUUCUCUUUGGGCGCUCUCCGCGUUUCGUGUACUCUUUCGUUGCCAAGGAUCUUUCAGUAUCCCAGUUGUCCUUGUCAAGCGCGAGAUAUCAAUUUUAGAAAUUGAUAUCUGGGCGAGGAAUAGCGCGUGUGUAAAAUAAAAAAUACGCGGCGCAGCUUGAGUACUUCUCCUGUAACUUUAAUUGCCAUCAAAUUAUGCACGGUUGAUUUGCCUUCAGAUGCAGCUCCAAAUCGACAGAGAUCAAAUGCCCCGCGGCAUCCGCAAACGAACGUCCACUCAGCUGACCUACAAGAUCUUCCAAGCCCGUUUCAUGUAUAAGCGGAUGAGAGAGUAAGUCGGUUGUAAAAGAGGGUAAGAUAACCUGCUUCCAGAAAUUGGAACGAUCCGGAGUAUUGGGAUGAGAAGGCGCGUUUCUAUUUCCCCUUUUCCUUCUUCGUCUUCAACGUGGUCUACUGGCUCUAUGUGGGAUGGCGUCGGUGGAAUGACGGGCUUCAGCCCGGCAUAUGA